UUCCAGUCAACUCAGCACUGUUCAUUCGGACAAAACAUACUUGUUUUGUUAUCCAACUUCGCACCCUAUCUUAUUUUGGGUGAAUACAUUUAGCUACAUACCACCACCUAUAAUGACUACCAACGGUAGUGACAGGACAACUCAAUGGAAAACAACAAUUAUAGUCAGCACAUCACUUCAGAAUCAUGACACAUCCAGGAUGCUUCUUGCACAGCACCAUCGGAUCCGAUUCUCAGACGCUGUCAAGUCGGGAUCCAUUGUUUUCCCGCAGUCAGGUAUUGCAUUCCUCAUAAUAAACCCACAAGAACUACCAGAGAACCUUGAGGAAGCAGGACUGUUUGACAAGAUCAAGAAGUUUGUGACGGUUCACCGCAAUAGUUUCCUUCUCCUGCAAGCCCCUUUUUAUGGGAAGAAGGAACUGGGCAUCAUGUCAGUGAUACAGCACAGAUUCCUUGGCAGCAAUCUCAGAGUUCUACCUGUACGUAACAACACAGAGAUAGUCAAGGGGAUGCUGACUAUAGCCAAAGCCACCAGUAAGCCCCAUGUUGACAGCGUGCGGGAUCGGAUGUCUCUGGCCAGGGCCCACAUUAUAGAGAGCAGCUCUGUCUGGGAGAUGCUCAAGGACAUUAAGCUGGGGUGAGCAGCUGGUGCAGAGUGGGGAUGCCAGGUCCCCUCAAACCUACCUGUUCAUGGUAGGUUAGUGACUCUAAUGAUUGAUUUAUGCUAGGUCUGGCAUCCGCUGUGUUUACGGUCACAAGCACAGAAUGGCUUUAACCCAACUUGCAUGUGUUUAGUGCGCUUGAUAUACUCAAUCCAUCCAAUCCUGUAUCCAGAAUAAUACUAUUACUGUAUAGAUUCAGUAGAAAGUCAAUUGGAAAUCCAGCAUUGCAAAUAAGUGAAAUGAGGCUUAAAUAAAGAAAUAUUUUUUUGUAGAUUGUGUAUUUAUUAUUUAUUAUUAGCCUGAAACAAUCAUUUUUAAAAGCAUA